UUGAAAUUGCCAUUGCAGGAUGGCAUUCCGCUAUAAAUGCAUUGUUCCACCUCCUCUCAUCUUCACAGCGCUCGCCGGGUUCUUCUGGCUCGCAUCGGCAGACUGGGGCUGACUGCCACCGUCACCCGUAACUCAGAGAAGAGGCUUGCCGCUUAACCUGGGACAUCUCUCCACCCCCACCCCCCCACCGCCCCGCUCCAUUACCGGCAAGCGAAGGCUUGUUUUCUGCCCGCCCGCUCCUGCGCUCGCUCGCUCGCUCGCUCCCCUUCCUUCCGCCAAACGACAGAAGGAUAAUAGCAAAUAUAAAAGAGGAGAAAGGAAUCAAGGGGUUCCUCCUGUCGGACUGGCUGGAAUUGCCGCUGGCUUUCUCAGUCGGAUGACUCGUUGGCUGCGAGAGCGAAGUGUGAAGUCUUUCAAGUUCUCUCGUGCCUGCUGGCGGCGGGAAACGCGGCGUCUCUCUCCCCAAAGCCCGUGAGAAGAACCGAAGCAAUUGCCGCCGCCGCCGCCGCCGCCGCCGCCGCCGCCUUUGCAAACGUUCGGUCCUCGCAUCCGCUCCCCCGUCCCCUGCCCGACCGUCGAAUCACCGGCCACGGAGCUCACCACCAUGCAACUGAAGAUUGUUUGCUCGCUGCUGCUGCCGCUGGCUGCAAGCUUACAAGCUGCCACCACCGCCAGAGUUUCCCCAGCAACUUCAGCACCUGCCUAUGAUAAAGCUUUGCAGCAAUCCGAAGCGGCAGCGGCGGCAGCCGCGCCAGCCGCGCCAGCAGCGCCAGCACCAGGGACGACUGGGAUUGUCCAACCCUUUCUCCGGCAGCGACCCAGCGGGGUAGUGGAGGGCAUAGAUCAGACCUACUCUGGAGGAGGCAAGGUGGGCUACAUCCUCUACCUGGAGGGGAAGCGCUUCCUUUUAGAUCUGGAGAAGGACGCGCUGCUUGGAACCACGGAGCAGCUUCUCCAGGGCAAGGGACACUGCUACUAUCGGGGCACAGUGGAUGGGAGUGCCCAGUCUCUGGCAGUUUUCAAUCUCUGUGGUGGCUUAGAUGGCUAUUUUGCGGUCAAGCAUGCCCGCUACACAGUGAAGCCUUUGCUCCGGGGGAAAGCUGUGACCGAAGAGGAAGAGGCCUCCAGGGAGCAGAUCUAUGGGGAUGUGUCUGCCCAGAUACUCCAUAUCUUCUUCAGGGAUCAUUUCAGCUUUGAAACGUUGCCUUCCCGCCCCACCUGUGAGACUCACAGUUACUCCAUGGCCCCACUUUUGGAUCGAAAGAGACUGACUCAAGGGCAGGAGGGGAACCUGGAGAUAGAUCUGACCACCAGGAUGGCACAUUCCCCUGUCGCCCUUGUCCCUCCUGUGGACUACAGGAAGAGAAGGAAACGCUCUAUCUCUAGAGCCAGGCAGGUGGAACUUCUCCUGGUGGCUGAUGACUCCAUGACCAAAAAGUAUGGCAAAGGCCUCCAUCACUACUUGCUGACCUUGGCUACCAUUGCUUCCCGGCUCUAUGGACAUGCCAGCAUUGAGAAUCACAUCCGCCUGGUGGUUGUGAAGGUGGUGGUGCUGGGGGACAAGGAGAAGGGCUUAGAGAUCACCAAGAAUGCAGCUACCACACUCAAAAACUUCUGCAAGUGGCAGCACCAGCACAAUCAGUUGGAUGAUGAUCAUGAGGAGCACUAUGAUGCUGCUGUUCUUUUCACCCGUGAGGAUUUAUGUGGGCAUCAUUCAUGUGAUACUCUGGGAAUGGCUGACGUUGGAACCAUAUGCUCUCCUGAGCGCAGCUGUGCAGUGAUUGAAGAUGACGGCCUCCAUGCGGCUUUUACAGUGGCUCACGAAAUUGGGCACCUCCUUGGACUUUCCCAUGAUGACUCCAAAUUCUGUGAAGAGAACUUUGGUUCCAUGGAAGAUAAGAGGCUUAUGUCUUCCAUCUUAACAAGCAUUGAUGCUUCCAAACCAUGGUCCAAAUGUACUUCGGCAACAAUAACAGAAUUUCUGGAUGAUGGGCAUGGUAACUGUUUACUGGAUCAACCACGAAAACAUAUCUUAGGUCCUGAGGAACUUCCAGGACAAACAUAUGACGCCAUUCGUCAGUGCAAGCUGGCAUUUGGGCCUGAAUACACAGUGUGUCCUGGAAUGGAUGUGUGCUCUCGUCUGUGGUGUGCCGUUGUGCGCCAAGGUCAAAUGGUGUGUUUGACCAAGAAGCUUCCUGCUGUGGAGGGGACACCAUGUGGAAAAGGAAGGAUCUGCCUUCAAGGGAAAUGUGUUGAUAAAACAAAGAAAAAAUAUUAUUCGGCUUCAAACCAUGGCAAUUGGGGAUCCUGGGGACCAUGGGGACAUUGCUCCCGUACAUGCGGUGGAGGUGUUCAGUUUGCCUAUCGGCACUGCAAUAAUCCAGCUCCUAGAAACAAUGGUCGAUACUGUACAGGAAAACGGGCUAUCUAUCGGUCCUGUAACAUCGUGCCCUGUUCUGCCAAUGCUAAAGCUUUUCGUCAGGAACAAUGUGAAGCACGAAAUGGUUACCAAUCAGAUGCAAAAGGUGUCAAAACCUUUGUAGAAUGGGUCCCAAAAUAUGCAGGAGUGCUCCCAGGAGAUGUUUGCAAGCUUACCUGCCGAGCUAAAGGAACUGGCUACUAUGUAGUUUUUUCUCAAAAGGUGACUGAUGGAACAGAAUGUAGGCCAUAUAGUAAUUCAGUGUGUGUCCGUGGAAAAUGUGUACGAACUGGAUGUGAUGGCAUUAUUGGUUCAAAGCUCCAGUAUGAUAAGUGUGGAAUUUGUGGUGGAGACAAUUCCAGUUGCACAAAAAUUAUGGGAAACUUUAAUAAAAAGAGUAAGGGUUAUACAGAUAUUGUUAAAAUACCAGAAGGAGCAACACACAUCAAAAUACGACAGUUCAAAGCUAAAGACCAAAGUAGGUUCACUGCUUACUUGGCUUUGAAAAAGAAAAACGGUGAGUAUCUUGUCAAUGGAAAAUACAUGAUCUCAACUUCAGAAACCAUCAUCGACCUCAAUGGAACAGUUAUGAACUACAGCGGCUGGAGUCACAAAGAUGAUUUCUUGCAUGCCAUGGGACAUACAGGCACCAAGGAGAUCCUGAUAGUACAGAUUCUUGCCACAGAUCCAACUAAACCAGUGGAUGUCCGCUAUAGUUUCUAUGUGCCAAAGAAGCAAACCCAAAUGACAAAUUCUGUCACUAGCAACAACAGUAGUAACAAAAUUAGCCCAUCACUUGCUCAACCCCAGUGGGUAACUGGACCAUGGCUUUCUUGUUCUCGAACAUGUGAUACAGGUUGGCAUACAAGAACUGUCCAGUGUAAAGAUGGGAAUGGGAAAUUAGCUAAAGGUUGUCUUCUGUCUCAAAGACCUUCAGCAUUCAAACAGUGUUUAUUCAAAAAAUGUUAACCUGUGGUUGCAGACUUCUUCAAAAGGAGUCUUCUUGAAUCUUAUUUGACAUAUUGACAUAAGAUCUACCCAGGAACAAAAGGAAGACAAUGUUUCAAUAUUCUCUCAUAUUCUUGGCAGUUGUUCUUGGCAGAACAUGCCUAUUUGGACCAAAAGGAGAUAUGAGCUCGUCCUGUGAGGUGAUCUUAAUAUGUCAAAAGCACUAAGUGUUAGCUGUUACGAGCCCUUUAUAUCUGCAAAUAAGAGGAUAAACCAGUGAAGAGGUGAUCAUGGGAUAUCCAGUUACAGAAUCAUCUCCCUUUUCUCACCUACCUCUAACACAGUAUGUCUUUAGACAACUUGUCAAAAUUACCCAUGAUUCUACAAUAGCUUCUUUUAUACUAUUUGUAAAUAUCUUUGCUUUGGUAUGUCACUUUAUAUCACUUGAUUUUCUUACAAAGAACAGCAGCCUUUAUGUUUAACACAAGUGAUUGACCAAAGUACAGUAGGUCUGCAGCCACUGUGGACUCAUAUGCCGUUUUUUAAAAAGUGGCUGUGGGUAUUUUACUGGAAAAUGAAGAGCUUGCUGCUUUAAAGGAAAAAAAAAAGUAAUAUCUUUCUGACAACAGGAAAUGCAUUUCUAUUCUAAAAAUUUCCUGACAAUAGAAUUUAUUCCAUAUUAAUGCCUUUCUAAGGAGGAAUUUUGUAUAGGCACACUCUGCAGCAGUAGAAAAGAAAAAGAGCUGCCAAUAUGCUGCUUUAAAAUUUGAAAAAUAAAUGUACUUUAUUUUAUCCGUUUAGAAUACUGCACCUCAGAAAUUAUAAAAAUGAUGAAAGAUGUGCCACAAAUAGAGAUAGAGGGAAUUCAUUGCCUGGGAACAGCACACAUAACACAAUGAAGAAACUUUAUUUUCCUCUCAACCGCCACAUGUCUGUACAGGUGACAGCCAGUGCAGGAGAGCACUAAAUCCAGGGCGGGAUGAAGCUAGAGUCCAAAGUUCUUGGGGCAUUAGCUUUUUGCCAUCUGCCUUUCUGCUACUCCCUUUUCAUCUCUAUUUGUACUACCUCUUUCCCUUUCUGCCACUCCUUUCCCUCUUCAGCUCCCUCUCCUUUUCCAUCUAGCAGUUGCUGUGGGAGAGGCAGAUGACUCUUGUUAGAGAUCUGUACUAACUGUUGACAGAGAGGUUUGGAAAACAGUCUGAGAUUACAUGUGGCUUACUCAUCCCCAAUGUAUGGGAAGGGGAAAUUUUGGUGAGACACUGGGUCAUGUCAUAAGUGUCUUCCAGCACAGAUUUAUGAAAUGUAUUCACCUCUGUUUUCCCUGUUAGUUUUGAAGUGGUUUCUACUGGAAAUCUAACAGCAUGCCAUGAAUUUGGCCUGUAGGGAAGAAUUUCACAGUGGUUAAAACAAAAACAAAAACAUUGGUUUUCUUCAUGUAGCAAUGUUUUGUCCAGUUCUUCUAAUAUUUGGCUGCAUGUUACUAAGCACCCCAAUCCAGAGAUUUGCAUAUGCUCAGAUUGGGUAUGUAUCUUAUGUGCACAAAGUGCCCCAUAAUUUCAAGAAGGAUACAUAACCUUUGGCACAUGUAUAUCAGUUCCUUCAAUGAAAUGAAUGGGGUGUUCAUUCAGGAGCACUUCAAAACUCACCUAUAAUGCAUGAAUGGGGGGAAUCCAUGAAAUACUUUUGUUUUCAAAUCAAAGAUGUAUUUAUUUUUUAAGUCAUUACAUUUUUUUUAGAUUAAGGCUUUAGUUUCUACCUACUUUGGGGAGUAGAAAGUAGGUAGAAGUAAGCCUUAUUGAAUUCAGAAGGAAUUACUUAUAGACAAAAGUUUUAAUUGUAAAGCUGAAAUCCUAAAUGUACUUACUGUAUUAGGGAGUAAUAAACAAAACAAGACUUUUCAGACUGAAUAUCUAUAGGAUUGUCUGGAAAGAUCAUAAGAAAAUCAAGCCAUAUUUAGUUGUGGGAGCUGUAGCUUACUCUCAUAGGAUUAUUUUCAGAGAGAAAACUCUAUUUUUUACCAAACUGUAGGGAAAUGAAUUUUCCAGUUUAGAAAAGUAAUAUAAAUACCUCAUCUAAAUCAAGAGAAAUUAAUUGACAUUUAAUAUAUAGCAUUUGGCUGAAAUAUUAAAAUAUAGAAAACUGAGACUGUAUCUUUGUUACCAGUGCCUUCCAUAAUAUUUUAAGUACAGACAAAUCAAGCUGCUUUAAUUUCCAAUGGAAUUUCAUUACAAAUUUCACUGGAGCCACAACUAUAUCCUAAAUAUCCAAUUUUUAAAUUAACAUUGCAAUCUAAAACCUUUGCACUUAUAUACUUGCUUCUAUUAGCAGCUUUUAAUAUUGCUGUGGAUGGAAUGCAUCAUUUAAGCAUUUGUUUUCUGAGGCAAUGAUUUUUAGGGGGAAGAACUUUAUUUGUUUAGCCUAUCUAGUUAUAUAAGCCCUAUUUACAUGAGUGAAUCCUACAGCUUUGAGAUUUCCUGAUUCAGCACAGACAGUUUAGAUCAGUAAUAGAAUUGUCCCAGUUUAUAAAUAAAUAAACUGACUGAAUUAGAGGCAAUUAUCCAUGAUGUAAAGCAGUUGCAUUUGACAUCUUCAGGCCAUCAAGUGAUACGAAAUCGUGAAUGUAGAUGCACUUUCUUGGUGCACCAUAGGGAUAACCUAAAAGCAGUUGUUUUUAUGUCAGGUUUCUAGAACAAAUCUUUAAUUCUUUAAUCAAAUUGUAAAGGUGCAAUUCUAUAUGAUUAGUUAGGAGACUGUCACCAGGAAUGCACAUUUCCAGGUAUUUCAGAAUAGAAAUCCCAUCAAAAGCAGUGCAAUAUAGAUGAACAAUAUCUACAUCAUGUACAUUUAGACGAGCAACUGCACAUAUGGUUUUUGAAUCAGAGAUCCACAAAGGCAUAACAUUUUAUAGAGUAAUCUUCUCUGGAUUGUGCUAUAAAACAAUAAUUUUUAUCUAUUGUUGGCUUGAAAGAAAUAUUAUACAUACUGUAAGACACAUAAUGCAGGUUUUCAAACUGAAAAUGCACUUUUAUAUUGAGAAAAUAUGCAGCCUUUUCUUUAGAAAACAAAAACAAAGCUCUCAAUCCAAUUUUAAAAAUUAACAGUUAAGAAUAAAUUUUAUUUUGUACUAUGUUCAGAUUCUAUUCUUAUUUCAGCAUUUCCUGAAAUUACUUGUUCCUAGAUCUUGGCAUACUACAUAUAAAUGGAAUUGUAACAGUGAAGUGAUUUUCUUCUGUGCUUGAGGUUUCCACAUAAAAACAAUCAUCACAUUGUCAGGCAGGAAAGAGAAAUUAAUGAAAGAAUCUUUGAAAUCAGUAGGAUGCACUCAAAUAGUCUAAGUUACAUAGCAUGUGUAAGAUAGCUAGUUUCAAAUAAAAGCAUGAGAAAAAAUUGGAUUUUAAUUCUUUCCUAUAUCAUGGUUAGAAUUAUAACAUGUGAGAGUCAUUGUAAAUUUUGGCAAGCAAAAAGAAAGUUGCAAAAUUAAAGAGAUCUGUAUAUUUCAGCUUUUUCCUACGGGCCUGCACUUUCCUAUACUUCUGUUUUUGUUGCAUCUUCACCUCCUUCAUACUGCUUUGUUUGUUUGUAAAUGUGAAGCUGGUGCAAAUUAUAUUGCCUUAUAGUUUCAGACUGAUUUGGAAGCAGGCCAAUUCCAAGGACUCGGAUGUAGUUACUACUCAAUUAUUCACAUUUUCUCUAAAAAUCUUACUGGCUAAAUUGGAUCAAAUAGAACGUUAAAGUCUCAGCUACUUACCAGAUUUUGAUCAUUGGUAAGACCCUUCUCUGUGUUCCUGAACAAUCAUCUAAAGCCAUACAUUAAAAUAUGUAUUUAUGGUAUCUAAAGGUAAAUGCUAACAUCCAAAUCAUGUGUUAGAAUUUCAUGGAACACAUGGGAAAUAGCGGCAUGAAUACUGCCAGCAAAACCUACUCAAAUUGGUUGAAUAUGCAGUAAUUUUCCCUUUAAGUAGUUGUGAUAGGAAGGAAUUGAUGCAAGAAUGUUGGCAACUGAUGACAGAUACAAAUAAAAACACACAAAAAGAAAAAAAGCAACAUAGCACUGAAAAAAAAUAAUUUAUUGUGCUUUUUUACAAAUUGGUAUGUGAAUGGAUGUAAUGAAUUUAUUUAUAUUAUUUAACAUGAAAUGCCAAUUGUAAAAAUUCUUCUAUAUUUAAAUUGUUUUCCAAUCAUUACUUUGUCUAUUUUUCCUUUCUUUUUUUUAUUUAUGUCUUAUAUUUGAAUGGAAAGCACGAUGUGAAUUUACCACACAUAGCACUGGUUGCUUUUAUAUUGUAUAUAAAAUAUACAAGAUAUAUUUUAAAUAGAAUGUGUGUAAGUGAAUGUGGUGCAUGCAUGUGUGGGUAUGUUAAAUAGUAUGAAUAAA